AUGUCCCCAGAUAACCCCGAGUUCGAGCCCAUCCGCGAGAUUCUCACGGCCCUUCUCCGCUACCUUGACAAGGGCACUCCCGAAUAUCUGGACAAUGUGCUGACCUUUGACGCUGUCUUGAUCCCCCCGUUUCCUCUUCCAGUGUCAAGGGACUUCCUGCCAUCAAACAAGAGUUGCAGAAACGGUUCGUGGAAAAUGAGUGGUGGGAUGAAGCCGCCAUUCGCUCCAUUAAGAUGA